CUGCGAUACGCCCUCCCUCUCGUAGGCACUUCUUGAACUUUUAAACCUGCCAGAAAUCUCAGGUUUUCGUCCACGAUUUCCUGACAAUCAUCUCCAAAACUUAUUGAAACAAUUAGGAAAAAUGGCAGGAGGAACAAAAGCUCAGGGAGCAUUUCAGCCGGACUCUGACAUUCAUAUUUCCUACGAGGAUCAACAGAAAAUAAAUAGAUUCGCGAAGCAGAAUGCCCAAAUGGAUGACUUGAAGGAGGAGUUGAAGAUAAGACAGAACGAUUUGAAAAAUCUGGAGGAUGCCUGCGAUGAGCUUGCACUGAUGGAUGACGAUGCUAAGAUACCGUACAGAAUUGGAGAUCUUUUUGUCAAUCAGGAUUUAGAAAAAACACAGAAAUGCUUGGAAGAGGCGAAAGAGAAGAAGCUCUCCGAAAUAUCUGAACUCGAGACCAAGUGUUCCGACCUGAAGACAAUAAUGACAGAUCUGAAGACACAACUCUACGCGAAAUUCGGGAGUCACAUCAACCUAGAGACUGAUGAAGAUUGAGUUUUAAUUCAAUGAAGAAUAAUCAAAACGCUUACUUUCAUCCACGCUAAAUCUUUGCAGUCAUAUUCUCUAUGUUGCUACCGGAUAUCAGUUAUUUCAAUAAAAUUUUAUAUACUAGAA